UGUUGUCACAAAAGUUAUGAGCGAGUUAAAAAGAAAAUUUCAGCUGAUAGUUCCCCAACAAUCGAUUGGGAUUGAUGAUCGUAUUGAACACAUUAUGAGCUUGAUAGAUGCGAAAUUCAAUGAUACACAAAUUAUCGGAAUAUAUGGGAUGGGCGGUAUUGGUAAGACGACUCUUGCGAAAGUGUUAUACAACAAGCUCUCCAUUCAGUUUGAGUAUCAUAACUUUGUGGCAGAUUGUCGAGAAACAUAUCAACGCGAGGGCAUUAAAUGCCUACAAAAGCAGCUCAUAUCUGGCCUUGGAAGUUCGUGUGAUGUGUCUAAUGUGGAUGAGGGAAUCAAUCUCAUCAAAUCUCGAUUUGCACAAAAGAAAGCCCUCAUUUUUCUUGAUGAUAUAGAUGCUAAUGCUCACUUGAAAUAUUUGGUCGACCGUGAUUGGUUUAAGGUAGGAAGUAUAGUCAUCAUAACAACUAGAAAUCGGGAUGCUCUUGAUGAGGUUGGGGCAAACCACACGUACCAACUCAACGAGUUGUCUUUAGAGCAAUCAUUGAUUUUAUUUAGUAGACAUGCAUUUCAAGAGGAUUCUCCUCCGAGUGAUUAUAAGGUUAUCUCUCAUGAUAUUGUAUUUACUACUGGGGGGCUUCCUUUAGCUCUUGAAGUUAUAAGUUCAUUCUUACGUGGAAAGAGAAGAGAAGUAUGGAAUGAUACAUUAAAAAAAUUAAAGAAAGAGCCUCAUGAGAAAGUGCAAGAGACAUUCAAGAUAAGCUACGGAGCAUUAGAUUAUCAAGAGAAACAGAUAUUUUUGGAUAUUGCAUGCUUUUUUAUUGGAUCAUCUCCACAAAAUCCAAUUUAUAUGUGGGAUGCCUGUGAUUUUUACGCAUGGAGUGGGAUGGAAGUGUUGAGUCUUAGGUCCCUAAUUAAAAUUAGCGAAGAUGGCAAGCUACGGAUGCAUGAUCAACUUAGAGAUUUUGCAAGGAGUCUAGAAAAUUCACGGGAGCCCCAAGAACGUAGCAGAUUAUGGAUCUAUGAGGAAGCGUCGGAUGUGCUUGUUAGCAACAAGGGCACUAGAAAGAUUGAGGCCCUUUCUCUUGGCAAAUGUGGUACAGGAAAAAGAUACGCAGCUAAACAAUUUAAAGAAUUGACCAACUUGAGAUUCCUUCAAGUGGAUGGUACAAAUUUCAUCGGAGAUUUCCAAAGCUUACUUCCUAAAUUAAGAUGGCUUCGGUGGGAGGGUUGUCCCUCGAAUUUCGUUGCGGCCAACUUUCAUCUAAAGAAACUAGUUGUACUUGAUCUGUCAAACAGUGCAAUUUCGGAGGAUUGGGGAGGAUGGGUACCCCUCAAGAUAGCAACCGAACUCAAAGUUCUCAACCUCACACGUUGUCUAUCUUUGAAAAGAACUCCCAACUUGUCCACUUUUGUAAGACUAGAGAUUUUGAUUCUCGUAAAUUGUAACAAUUUGGAAGAGAUUCAUCAUUCUACUGGGGACAUCAAGACACUCAUUUCCUUGGAUGUCAGUUUUUGUAAAAAACUCAAGAAGCUACCAGAAGGAAUAGGUAGAAUGGUAGAAUUGAGGAGGCUUGUCAUAGAAGGCACCGGUAUACAAGAGAUUCCUAUUUCAAGUGAUUGUUUGAUGAAGUUGGAGUACUUGUCUCUUUGUUGCAAACAAAUUUCUCAACUUCCUAAAUCCAUGGGCUCCUUGGUAUCGUUAACCCAAUUAGACAUAUCUAGUUCAGCAAUUGAAGAAUUACCUGAAUCUAUUAGUUCCGUGAAGGAGCUCAAGAGUCUUCAUGCCUGGCAGUGUACAUUGCUAGCUCACAUACCUAGCUCCAUUGGCGAUCUAGCAUCUCUGCAAAGCUUGUUCUUACAUGACUGCUUUUCAUUGACAGAAAUCCCCGACUCGAUUGGAAAAUUGUCAUCAUUGAUUGAACUGGACUUAACAUGCACAUCGAUUACGAAAUUACCUGAAAGUAUUAGGAAUCUGCAAAAUUUGAGGAUCUUAGACAUUAGUGGCUCUCACAUAACAGAAUUGUCUAAUGCCAUCGGGAUGUUGGCAAAACUCCAAGAAUUGAGAGCUUUCAAUUGCACAAAUCUGGAACGACUACCUAGUAGUAUAGGCAAACUGGUUUCGCUAGAGAAGCUUAUUUUAUUUGAGACGGGCAUUUCGAGCUUGCCAAAAGGCAUUUCUAAGCUCUCUUCUCUCCAAGAACUCGAUGUUAAAUUUUGUAUAAAGCUUCGAGAAUUACCAAAACUACCCUCGGGCUUAAUAACUCUAUAUGUUACCUGCCACAGUUCGUCUUUGCCCCAUCUUUCUCAGCUAACCCGUCUCAAGGAACUCGCUCUUGCUCAUUGCCAUUGGCUUGAAUAUGUCCCAGAGCUUCCCAUUGGACUAUCGGAGCUUUCUAUCUUUUGUUGUGGAAAACUGAAAGCUUUCACGAAUUUGUCAAACUCGAAGCACUUAUCAUAUUUGCGCCUGGAGCAUUGCUUUGAUCUCGUAGAAGUCACCGGCCUCGAAGUUUCAUAUUGCCUAUUCAACGAUUUACAUACAGGGGAACGCCGUAAGAUCUCUAGGGUUGAUGGGAUUGAAGAUUCUUCCAAAUUGAUGAGUGCAAAGGUAUCUCAGCUUGAUGGAUUGCUAGCUCUUCCCGAUGCAAAGAUUCUGCAGUAUACAAACGUCGCAACAAGUCGCGCGAAUUCAGUUGAAAUCCAGGGCCUUGGUGGACCAAAAUCCUCACAAGUGUCGGAUAUCUUAAAGUGCACGUCCGCCGGACGAUUGUUAGACCUCUCAAGUUUUAAAUAUGUGAGGACCCUCUGUGUUUCCCAUUGCAUGAAUGUAACUGAAAUUCAUGGAUCAGAGUCCUUGAGAGAAUUGAAUAUUUGGAGGUGCCCUUUGCUUAGAUCAAUGGACCUUUCGAAUUCAAAGAAUCCGAAGUGUUAUAUCAGAUUCUGCGAGAACUUGGUUGAAGUUCGAGGCCUUAAGGGAUUGGAGACUUCGGAUAUUCAUGGAUGCCCGUCUCUUAGAGACAAUCGCGAGGCAUUCGGGGGUCGAGAAUAGGUCUCCCGGGAAAAUAUCGAACGCCUCCUGAAUAGAUCGCCGACGAACUUCGCGACGGGAGAGUCAACCUUUCGAGGCGGAGGUGGAGGCCGCGCGGUGGUUCGUCGGGAAAAAGCAUCGCCACGGAAGCACGAAUACAGAGGGAGAGAGAAAGGAAGUGAGGAUCCAUGGCGGAAGAGGAAAGCGCGGAGCUCGAGCAGCUGGAGGAAGAGUUCGCGGCGUGGAAGAAGAACACCCUGAUCCUCAACGACCUCGUCAUCUCCAGCGCCCUCGAGUGGCCGUCCCUCACCGUCCACUGGGCGCGGCUCCCUCCCCAGCCCUCCGCCGGCGACCCUUCCCUCGC